AUGGCACAUGCUCCAGUUCGCUUUGAGGAGAUCGGAUUUAAUUAUGGAUUCGUACCGAUUAAUAUCAAUUCCAAGAAGGGAUACAAUGUGGUCUAUCACCUCUUUAUGGACCGUAUGUUGGAGGAUGGACGUCUGGUGCUCAUAAAAGGCAAUGAGAACAAAAUUAUGCUGAAGGAUAUUGAAGGGCCGGUAGAGGACAGAGAAAAAGUGAUCAUAUACAGUCCUGACAUUACGAACUUCUACAAAUUCAAUCUGACCAACAAACUUGUGGGAUUUGGCAUUGAAGCCUACCGGCGAUCUAAAACGGGUUACUGGUUUUUGGCCUUUCAACGAGAGGGCCAGUUGCAGGCGUUCUGCGAUUUCCUCAACUGGGUUAUUUACGGAAAGCUGCCGCGUAGACGGGCUGUUCAACCUGCCUACCAUCCUGCCUACCGUCCGGUAUCACGAACCUUGCAAUUGCCGGAACUGCGCAAUGAGGCGCAACAGAAGCUCUUCCUGCGCUGCUCAACGAACACGCCCGUAUUACUACUGAGGUGCCACUCACAGGGUGGACGUCCUGAAGAGUUUGACUAUUUCCGAAUUGGCAGCGUGCGCUGCCUCGAACCGCCUUUGCAUCAGUAUACCUUAAUUGCUAUCAAAACAGAAUUGCCUGUCUAG